CACGCUUUCUGUGGGCGCGGCCAGCGGGCGGAGCUGGUGGCGGAGGGCGGUCGGGGCUGCAGCCGGCCUUGGGUCCGGCCGAUGAGGCAGCCCGACGGACCAGCGCCGGCAGAGGAGGCCGGACGCCCCCACAGCGCAGGAGCCGAAACUAGCAGCCGUUCAUCAAAAUGCAGUGGAAUUUAGUUCGGACUGGCUCUCAGCUGGCAAAUAGGACAUGUUUGACGGGACACCGGGCUGGUUCCUUCUGGUUCUGCCAAAGCGAAAAAGGACAUUCGGUCUUAGACGGCGCUGGACGCAGGUUAGUUUGGGUUCACGGCCCUCAAAGCCGGAGGCUCCACGGAGCUGCGGCCUUAUACAUCUCGAAGGAAAAGAAGCCACUGGAGGCUCAUCCUUCCCAGCCAGACAUCUCUCAACAGAAACAACAAGAGGAAGCAAUCUCAAAAGGAAGACCUGACCUUCCUCUCAACAAAACCCGCGGAGCUUCAAAAGACGCAGGAGAGGAACUCGAUCCUUUACAAGACAAAUCCAUCAGUCUCUUCCAACGAUUUAAGAAAACGUUUAGACAGUAUGGCAAAGUUAUGAUUCCAGUACACCUGUUGACUUCCACUGUGUGGUUUGGAACGUUUUAUUAUGCAGCCAUGAAAGGAGUGAAUGUCGUUCCUUUUCUAGAACUCAUUGGGUUACCGGACAGCGUAGUAAACAUUCUGAAAAAUUCCCAGAGCGGGAAUGCAUUAACUGCAUAUGCCAUGUAUAAGAUCGCAACCCCUGCCCGUUACACCGUGACCCUGGGGGGCACAUCCAUUACCGUCAAAUAUCUGCGGAGCCGUGGCUACAUGUCAACCCCGCCUCCAGUAAAGGAGUAUCUACAGGACAGGAUGGAGGAGACCAAGGACCUCAUCACAGAGAAAAUGGAAGAAACCAAGGAUAGACUGACUGGAAAAUUACAAGAAACCAAAGACAAAGUUUCUUUUAAGAAAAAAGUGGAGUAGGAAGUUCUGUGCACUGUAGAGAAGGAAAGUCAUGCACUUUCACCCUUUAGAGACUGUGUCCUAAAGCUCCGACUCCUGAAUAUUCAUUUUGGCUGCCUGCCUGCCUUCCUCCGGGGGUUAAAGGCGCCCAUUGAUCCUGUUGUCAAUGUCAGGUGGAAACUGACAAAAAUCAGUGUUUUAUGCCAGAGGGAGUGAAUCCAGGGUUAGACUUGCACAUCUGCAGCAGCAGAAGUAGUGGUAGGGUUUGAUAGUCUGGAUGCUUGUCCAAAAUCUGUAAUAUCACUUUGGCUAACCGCUCUACCGCCGUCAGUACUUGGGGCACGCAAGGCACGCGCGCGCUGCUAGGAUAUGGACUUCCCUCAUAGGGUGGGGAAGCUGGGUCUUGCUCUCCCAGUUAUCCACUGGUCAGCCUUUAACUGCGUCCAACUCUCAACUUGGAGGGGACCCUACGAGCGGCAAAGCUGCCAGUGAAGUCGUGGUGUGUGUGUGUGUGUGUGUUUUCUUUUAAUUGUGUCUCUAAAAUCAGAAUUCCUUCAGCCUAAAAAAAAAAGCCCUAGCAAAAUGAGGGUGCUCUAAUAGCCAUAGAUCAUUAGAAAUUUUGAUUUUAUAAUGAAGGAUGAAAUAAGAUCAAGAAUGUAUAUGUGAUCAAAUAAAAUACCGAUGCUGGACGGAGA